GGUAAUAUUCAGGCCGGAGCUGCAAUUUCGGAAUCUGCCCUUGUAUAUGGCGGACGAAAAUUUCCACCGGAGGAACCGCAUCACUAACCCCCUGUGCAAGGCUUUCUACGGGGAGCCUCCACAGACCUAUCAAACCGCUGCAAAUUCUCUACUCUACGCCAUUACGGCUUUCUAAAAAUGUAACGCAGCGGGUCACGAGAGGGGGGAGAAGAACGCAGUGGGAAUUUUUUUUUUAUCAUUUGGAAUUUCUCAUAACUAAUUCAGAUUUUUUUUUUUUUUGAGGAAGCAGUUUUGUGUAGUCACCUCUAGUCGGGGGAGGGAGAAUUUCUGGAGCGGCUGCCUGCUUCGUAUGAGCUGCAUCAUAUUUGGAGAAGCACAGGCUCAGAGGAGGUGGGGUCAUGAGCGCAUCAGAAGCACCUAAACCUGUGAAGGAGCAGGCAGACAGUGGGAAUGGGAAUGCAACCACAGAAGCCUCAACGACCGAGAAAACUAGUCCACCACCAGUUUCUGUAAAGAAGGAGCCUGGGACCUCAGAGACAAGCAACGGAAAAGUUGGGAAUGUCAAUCCACCUGAGAUUUGUGUUGUCAUUGGAGGGAAAGAUGGAGAAUCGAGUGGAGGCGGACCCCGUAGAGCUCCGGCCGAGGGUAUGUUCGCCCUUGGUACUCCACCUCCAACGAAGAGCACAGAUUCAUGCAUAGGCUCAUAUGUUUGUGCAGUGUGUGGGAAGAAGUACAAGUAUUACAACUGUUUUCAAACACACGUAAGGGCACACAGAGAAUCAGAGAGCAUGGUUGGAGAUGGUCUGCCUCAGACACCCAAUAGCAGCUUCCGUUACUCCUGUGACAUCUGUGGCAAGAAGUAUAAAUACUACAGCUGUUUCCAGGAGCACCGCGAUCUGCAUGCAGUUGGUGAUCCAUUUGAUCCAGUGGUGUUACCUGUUGAUGGUCUUAAAGAGGAGGAGCCCGUUGAACCCUAUCAGAAAAUUGGACCAAGAGAAAAAUCACACAGCCACCUUCACAAAGACCAGGGGUUCAACAGAUGGCAGCUCAUGUCCCUUCAGACACGGUUGGCAGUGUUUGCAGAAACAGGAAGUUAUGUUUGUGAGUUCUGUGGGAAACAGUACAAGUACUUUAACCCCUACCAGGAGCACGUUGCUCUUCACACACCACUAGGCACAUUUGAUUUAAAAGCUUCACGGGCUCAGGAUUGCACUGGGAUUGACAUGAGUAAAUAUGGCCACAGCCAAGCUGCUAAAAUAAAAAGUCCGAGUAAAGUGCUAAACAACAGCCCAUUUAGGCGGAAACUGGAGAAUGCGAUCCAGUCCAGUCUGGUUGACACAAACAGUUCUCAGAACUCAAGUGCAGGAACGCAGAGCCCUCUGGUGGCCAACACCUUCUCUACAUCACAGAAACCCUACACUUGUGGUGCUUGUGGCAUCCAGUUCCAGUUCUACAACAACCUGCUGGAACACAUGCAGUCGCAUGCCGGUGAGUCUGCGACUACUGCUGAUAAUGAGAACCACACCAAAGGGGACUCUCCCAAAACCUCUUCAGCUUCGGGUCCUCAAGAGCAGCUCUGGAGAGGGUCCCAGGCUCAGGCCCAUCCCUCAGUUAAAAUACAAAUCCAGCCUCAAAGUAUCUCUCAGAGAAAUCACAGUCUCAGCCAGAAUAAUGCUUUACCUGAGAAGGAGCGACAGCAGGUGGCUGAGCGCCUAUUACGGGUAAUGUGCUCUGACCUGAGCAUGCUAAAUGUGCUGAACAGCAAGGACUUCCUGAAGCUGGCCCAGACCCUGGUGGAUACAGGCGCUCGCCACGGUGCCUACUCCACCCGCGAUGCUCUUGGCAACAUGAGUGCCUUGGCACUGCGUCAGCUGCCUCGCAUGUACAACCAGGUGAAAGUAAAGGUCACGUGCGCUCUGGGCUCCAACGCUUCUCUCGGCAUCGCCGUAACCUGCCACUCCCAGGCGUCUGGGCCAGAUGCCUGCUAUGUUCUGACAGCCUACCAGGUGGAGGGGUCCAGACUCAAACGCUAUGUGCUUGGUGUUAGGGAAGCUGAGCUAAGGGAGGGGCCGGAGCAGGUUCACCACUGGGUGCAGAACGUCCUGUCUGAGUUUGUCAUGUCAGACAUUCGAACCGUUUACGUCUCUGAGCCUCGGCUGUGGGCAGCAGGAUUUGCGGGAUCACCUCUCGGAGGUGGCAGCCGAGGACGGAUAUGUUUGAGAUGUGCAGGGUGCUCACUCGGCGCCGUUGUUCAAGCUGUUUUAGGAAAGCGCAGCCUCCAGGCUCGAGGGCUUCAUGAGUUAGCGGAGCUUCUCUCAACAUGUAGAGAUAUCGCCUCCUCCACCACGCUAGCUCUUCGUGAAGAACAGUGCUUCAACACAUCUACAAGCACAACAGAGGACGGUACUCAAGGCCCCCUCGCACAGUGCCCAACACCUCCUUGCUGGGAUGGAAUGGCUGAUGCUCUCCUGCAGGUCCACGCUCACUUUGAACUAAUCUGUGAAGCUUAUGGUCGCAGUAAGGCCACAGCUCCUCUACUUCAAGGUCUCAGCAAGCAUCUGCUGGGCACUCUGGCUUGUCUGCUGGCACCUCUGCGCCUGGCAGCCCUGGAGCUGAGCAGCCAGAGGAGACCCACCCUACAGCAAGUGUUGCCAGUCUACCUUCGCUUGGAGAAGUUUUUCACAUCCAAAGCAGGAGAGGCUGGAACCGGAACAGCUAGCAGACUCUGCCACUAUUUCCUGGAAGCACUCAAGGAAAACUUUAAGGUUGAAAGAGCCCACCAGGUGGCCAUGGUUCUGGACCCACAGCUCAAACUGCGUUCAGUGCCAGCCUACCAGCAUGAAGAUAUCAUCUCUCGUGCAUGUGAAAUGGCUGCUGAAAGUAGGGAUGGAGGUAUGAGUGGUGGUGGUGGAGUUUCAGGUGGAGAGGAGCGGGAUACAGAUGGCCCACCAGCUAAGAUCAGCCACGUAGAUGGCAGCGGAAACAAUGGCGGGCCUUCAAGGGGCACUGGCACUGUGUCUGGUAAUGAUGAGGGCCAGGGCCAAAUUAGACAAGAGAUUUUUAAGUACCUGGCUGAACCUCUCGUCCAAGGUACACCAGAUCUCUUCCAGUACUGGAGCUCAACCGUGGCUGAGAAGUUCCCCAGGCUCGCUCGCUUGGCGUUGUGGCUCCUCGCGGUUCCUGCUGUGGGAAUGCGCAGCGAGUGUGUGACUGUGUGCGAGCAGAGCCUUGCGAUGAAGAAGAGGCAGCAGGUCACUGCUGAAGAGAUGAACAAACUGAUUUUCCUUCGCUCUAAUAUGGGUUAGAAGGGAAAACACUAAUCAACCAAACCUUCACCCAGCCAAUGACUUGAGACUUUUAUUUAUAUAUACUGUAGGUUUAGACAAACCGUAAACUUCAAUGUGCAAGAAAACCGAGUAGUUCUCAAGGCAGAUAUUUACAGGAAAAAAGCUCUGCAAUGUUUGCAUACACAAUACAACUAAUUCUAUAUUUUGUGUCAAGCCCAGACUGUUGUACAAUACAUUGGAACAAGUGGGACACAACGAGGGUGGAACGGUAACUUGGUACUGUUUGGUACGCUGUCCUUGGUUUAGGAUGCACAUGUAGGCAGGAAGAGCUUCGUCUGAUCACAACCAGUGAUUUGGAUCACUCCAGCCUCGUUCUGAAACUGCUACAAGGCUAUCGUGCUGUUAUUCUCACUGGUUGGCAACUUUUUCAGGUAAAUUCAGCAUUUACUGCUUUAAAUCUGCUGUCCUACACCUCUGAAAACAAACCUACUUAAUCAGAACUAUCACAACAGGAAAACUAGCGGCGAACUACUGUAGCAUUUGCAGUACAUCAUCCUUUUUUUUGGUGUAUGACAAACAAAUAAGGAGUGAAGCAUCACUGCCACUGCACCUCUGAAAAUAAAGUGCACUAGGUUUAUAAUUUACAUACUCAAAUCACUGAAAAAUUAAAUACUUCUAUAUACUCAGCUGUGGACAAUGGGCAGAUAAUUUGAUUGUUACAUUAGUGGCCACAAAAUGUAGCGUCAGAGGAUUUGCACGCACUGCAUGCAUUUUGUUCAACUUAAAAUGCUUAAAGGUAACUUAUGUGUUAGAAAUUUUGUGAUGUUUUGUUUUGAUUUGAAACGACAAAGAAAAUUCUAACUUUUUUCUUUUACUACUUGGUGUGCAAGCAAAACUAGGCUUGCACAGUAGAGCUGAAAAGAAAUCUUAGUUUUGAUGCUGUUACAUGUACAAAGAGGAAAGUAUCAGUUUGGAAAUUGUGCUUAAUUUAUUGUUUUUGUUUUUGUCAUGAAAUCAUUUAGUCUUGCUGUACCUAUAAAACAGGGCAGAUUUUACCCAUAGAAAUUUACAUGUAAAGCCGAGUUAUUUCAGAGCAUUAAGACAAUACGAUCUAAAAUGUUAGUUUACAAACAAAUAAGAGACAUAAUAUAGUUACUUUGACUUGCCUAUAGACCCCCACAAUCGACUUUGACCUCGGGCUUUUCCCCCGGAUGCAUAAGCGAUGCGCAACAUAAUAAGACGUGGUUACCCCGCGAUCUCAACAGGGUGUUCCUUCUUAACAGGGUCAUUACAGGCGUUAAACAGCAGUUUUACAUGCAGCUGGUCUGCAAAUCAACAGAGAAUUGUAAUAUUGCGUAGGAUUUGAGCAGUUCACACGAUAACAGGAAAGGAGAAUGCUGGCAGUAUGUAUCCAAAAGGUCUGCGGUUUAUUUUCUGUUUGGUGUGCCUUUGCCUCGGAGCUUUGGUAGGUAAUGGUGUAAUAUUUUUGUGCUUGUUAAAGGUGCAGUAUGUAAGAAUAGAAGACAAUCCAGAAAGAGUCCAAUAUUUCAGUCAUUUUGGAAGGAAGGUUAUACUAAAACAUAUUUCAUAUCUAGCUGGCUGUUGGGAUUGUCAGUUUUUCUCCUUUCAAAACAAAGGAAGGAGGGACGUAACUACUGUUUACCAUCAGUGAGUGUGGGGGUGCCGUGUCUUCUGCAAGCUAAUGCUGCCGCGCCGACAGUUGUAAUUUGACGACGGCCGGCAAAAAACUCUUGAGUUGUUUAAAGUGGUUGCAGUAAACAAAUUUUACCACAGGAUGUCAUCUUUAUGUUGUUGCUACAUAAUGCACCUUUAAAGAGGAAGUUAAAAUAUGACCAGUUAUUUCUGAGUUAAACAUGUGAGCUAAAUGUGAAAAUAGUCUUCCAUCCCUAUUUUCUGCAUUAGCCACUGAUAGAAAAUGCAGGGGGUAACGCUCAGAUUAGAAAAUACAGUUUGAUCUAUUAGAAAUCUGAAAAUUAGCAUUGAAUUCACCCAUCUGGGCUCACAACAGGGAACUCUGUUGUUAGUUUAGCAUCCAGGAGAGAGCAGAGCAUGUGUCGGCUAAUCUAAGCUAACUGUUAACAUUAGCUAACACGCCAGAACUCCUCCAGGCUUGUGUUAUUUGUGGAGAUUAAACAUCAACGUUGCAGAACAAACAGAUCGACUCACAAGGCAUUCAUUUUACAGUCCAUUAAAUAUGUAUUGAAACAAAUGAGUGAAGUUGGUCUUUCAGUAACUAAUCUGCACGUCUUUUUAAAAGUUGCUGGACGUCUGGACUGACCUGACUUUCUGUCUGGACUGAUCUGAACUGCCGUGCUUGAUGCAUUCUGGAAGCAAAGCACGUGAAAAAUAGACUCUGGGUGUAACUGUGGCGGAGUAACGUGACACUAUGCUUCCAAGAUGCACCGCUUCACACCCAUUUAAGACAGCAGCAACUACUAGCUCCGUAUUAUGCGUUGCCGACAUUACACAACACUUAUGCAUCCGUUGGAAAGCCCGGGUGAGUAGCUUCAGUACAUUUUUUCUCAUCAGAUAAACACUAGUAAUAUGUUAUUUGCAAGACUUUAGUUGAUGUCACCAUCUUUUAGUGUAUUUGUUUAUUUAUUUAUUUUUCAAGCUUGGUUAUAAAAAGGCCUGUUUGUAGGAAAUAUGUUAUUUAUUGUUGCUUCCUAGUUCAUCAUUCAGAUAUAAGCAUCGUCUUCCUUACGUAAGCUAUAGAUUUCCAUUUUCAAGGCAAUAAGCUUCGUUUCCCAAUUUUUCCUGACUGUUCUCACGGCACUUCAUAGUUUAAUUUCGAACAAGUCUUUUCAUAAAAUCAAUAGGAUUUUCUCAGGAAGGAGCGCAUCCAAGCGGGCACCGCCACUUUUUCCUCACUGUACCGAAAAGAAACCAAACUGUGACCUCGGAUCUUGAGGUAAAUGCUUAACCAUGGCUUUUGUGAUACCUUCCACCACAAAUACAGAUGGUGCCAUUGCAGAGAGAAGAGGAAAAAAAAGAAACGCUGAGAUUUUUCAGUUUUCCAUCAGUGGAAUCACUAAAGUCAGCAUAUUCAUGAAAGCAUUUUUUCUAUAGAUAUAUUUUGGUAAAUAUUCACUUGUGCUAAUACCUCCUAAAAUGGCUUGGAAGAAUGGACGCUCUGUUUGUUUGCUGCCUUGGGGAUUUGAACUAGCCAGAUGCUAGUUUGUUAUCUCUGUUUUUGGGCCUUAAGUCUCUUCUAUGAUCUCACCUGAACCCCUCUCAGUCAUCAUGCCUUUGUACUGUAAAUUAAUGGCCUUUUAAAAAAUAUAAUAAUAACAUUUUUCUUAAGGUUUUGCAUCUUCCCCCUCUUCUAGUGUACACUUACAGGGACUUGAUGGCUGAUAUUAGGAAACUGUGACCUCCAGUGGCCGCAUGACUACUUAUUUUGAAUCAAAUGUGCUACUUAAACGGCAUGUAUGCUAUAUCUCUUAGUUUGUACAACAGGUCAGUAGUUUUAUUGCUUAAAACACAAAUAUUCACUGUAAAAGAAUACUAAAAUGACUCUUUAGCAUUAAAUAUUGAAAUUUGUAGUUAUUACACAGUAAAAUGUGUGAAAACUGAUUUUUUUUACUUUAUUUUUACACUGCAUGAUUAUUGCUCUCAUCCUUAAAGCUGCAGUGCAGUUGUUUGAACACUUUCUGUUUAUAUUUAUUUUUUAAAGGCAACAAAAAAAUAUAUACAAUGCAGCACUUAUUUUUCCACAUUUUCCAACUUGGGAAUAUCCAUCCAUUCUAGUCAGUGUUCAUAUGGUGGAUCCAUUUAAAUCAUUUUUUGUUUUAGUGUCUGUUUGCUAGAGGUGCUUGACUGUUUUCCUUAAAUGAACUCAUGCUAGCACUCUUUCUACUUUGUUUUCAACAUGCAUCUCACUAUUCAGAGUUUAAAACUGCCGUCUGACCGUCACAGUGAUCAGCGAUGGAGUUGAGACUUUCUGGAGGCUUUUGUAGGGUUUAGGGUAUGGCUGUUUUACUGAAAGUGAAUGUAAACUGCACAGAAAACAAUAAUAAUCAAGCUGAAGUGUGAAGUGUAACAGCAUUAUUGAAAAGCCAAAAAAAAUAAUAAUAAAGGAAAUCAUAUUAUGACAGAGCUAUUCAAUUUCUCUGCUGCAACACACUUGAUAGUGUGGUUGAAUCACCUGAGCAGCAGCUCUUCAGGCUCUGACGAAGCCUGUUAAUCUCCUACUAAUUAAAAUCAGGUGUGUUGAAGCAGGGUUAAAACCAAAACAUGCUGGAUACCGGCCCUCGAGGCCCGGAAUUGAAUAGCUCUGGAUUAUGGUCUCUGUGAAGUUGAGAAUCUUUUUAAUCUCACUUUUUGCUUGUAAGAGCAUCAUAAAAACACUCAAAUUUGAAGUUCCAUGAAUUUUUAUUUUAUUUUAUAGUUUUUGACCUUAGGCCUUCUUACCUCUGAUUUUAGUGUUUCAUUCAUGCUUCUCUCUUCCUUAUGGCUUCUUAGAAUAUCUUGAUUUUUUUUAAAUAUAUAUAUAUUUUGGUAAAAUAAAAGGGGAAAAAAAGAAAUGUAUUAUAAAGUAUAUUUAAAUUAAAAACUUUCAAGUACAAAUCCAAUGUUUUACCUCAGAACUCAGAAGGCAGUAUUGCUAUUAAAUGAUUGGAAUCAGUUUGUCAUGGAAAAAUGUACGUUUGGUGAGCAAAAUGGUCAAAAUACUGUCGGUGGCACCUCAAUUAUACUGAUGAAGGGAUUAUUCUGACGGUUUUUGUUUAACUUUCCUUUUAAUUAAUAAUAGGAUAUGCUCUGGGACAAAAUGCCAUAAUUGACCCACAAAUGUCAACUUCAUUUUCUUAGAAAUAGCUCUUUUGUUUAUUAAAUGAAACGUAUAUCUAAAAUAUGCAUGCUUUUAAUAAGAUUAGUGAUAUAUAAUGUUAUAAACCAGUGUUUUUCAUCAGAUGGAAAUGUAUCGACUCUGAGAUGUUUGAGUCACAUGACUGAAUUUCUACCUUUGGAGGUGGAAGUAGCUGUUCUGGUCACCGGUUGGUGUUUAAGGCUGGACAUCAACCACCUAUGAAGGAUGUAAAUACAGGAGAACUGCUGUUUUUAUGCCACAAGGGGGCACCUUCAUCUAAGAGAUAAAAGUAGGGAGCGCCAAUGACAUUAUACCUCUUUUUUCUACAGUAGCAUUUCAGAAAGUUUUGAUAUAAUAGAAAACUCAACUUAGAUACUUCAGACUAGAAAACAGCUGUAAGUUUGAUUUUGUUUCAGGGUUUUAACUUAUUCGGAUAACAGUUCAGUUAAGAGUGUGGUAAAUGAACGCUAACAUGGAGAUCUGUUUUAAACUAGUUUAAUAAUUCAGGUUAAGAACUCGGUGUUGCUUUCAUCCUAUUUUACAGGCAUUUCUUCCUUUUUAUACUCUGCUAAAAUGGAAAAAAAAACUACAAAAACAACACUUUAGUUUUUCUUCAUUUUAGUCUUUUUAAUCGCACUUUGGCAGCAGUUUCUUGUGUAGAUUCAAAUCUUAGUUCUCUUAUUAGUAAACCUAAUUUAUACUUUUGUAGCAACACUAUUUUUAUAUACUGGGACAGAAAAGGUUUGGUCUUUUGUUUUCUUUUUGUUGUUAUUUUGUUUUUCCUGUGACAUAUAUGACAGCGCUGUUCAAUGUCUCUUGAAUACAUUACCCACUGUAGUAUGUUACGUGUGAAUAAACUUUAAAUCUGUGUCAAA